GUUCAGUCGCGUUUUAAGCUAAGUGUCCAGCGUGUGCAUUGUACAUUGUCUCCCAAGCGGAUUGUGCUGCUGUAGAGGACAUUAAUUCUCCGACCCAUCAAAUUUAGGAUUCCGCGCGGGGAUUUUCGUCGACAACCUAUUAGUUCACAGGUUGAUCAAUGCUGCUGGUCGACGGUGUCAAAAGUGAAUAAAGAAAAGUUGCUGUUGAGGGCGGAUUCAUCUCUACAAUUUUUCAGUGCUAGCAGUCGAAUAACCUGUCGUUCAAGAUCUAUGUAAAAUUUUUGCAUAAUCAACAACGAAUGAAAGGCUCGAAUUGUAAAGCUAAUAUUUGAUUGAUUUCAAGCGUCUCUGAGAAAGUGCUAAGGAAAUAUAAGAAAAGAUUCUAGUGUGAAGUGAAUGCAUUCAUCUCCGGUGCAGGCUUUUUGGUAACCUUGCAAACUACUUUAUUAGAAACGACCGCAAUUUUAACAAAAAGUGUGAAUCGCAAGCCAAUCUUAUAAGUUGCGUGACUCAUUUAUACCGCAAGUCAAUUCCGGCUUAACACGUCAAUCGCAGAAGAUGCUGAUCAAAGAGUUUCGAGUAACACUGCCACUGACGGUUGAAGAGUACCAAGUGGCGCAGCUCUACUCAGUAGCUGAGGUGUCAAAGAAUGAAACUGGCGGUGGCGAAGGAAUAGAAGUGUUGAAGAAUGAACCUUUCACCAACUAUCCACUGCUAGGAGGCAAAUAUUCUUCCGGUCAGUACACCUAUAAAAUCUAUCACCUGGCAUCAAAAGUACCAGCAUUUAUUAGACUAUUGGCACCUAAAGGAUCGUUAGAGGUGCACGAGGAAGCAUGGAAUGCCUAUCCUUACUGCCGAACAGUAAUUACCAACCCGAAAUGGAUGAAGGAGAAAAUGAUUUUGAUGGUGGAAACAUUACAUGCCGAGGGAGAUGGAGAAAUGGAAAACGCUCACGAGCUGCCAGCAGAGAAGCUGAAACAGCGUGAAGUUGUGCAUAUUGAUAUUGCUAAUGACCCAGUAACCGCCGCUGAUUACCGAGAAACUGAAGAUCCUACCAAAUUCAAAUCGCAAAAAACCGGACGAGGGCCGCUGGUCGGUCCAGAUUGGAAGAAAAAGGUGCAGCCGGUUAUGACCUGCUACAAGCUGGUCACCUGCGAAUUUAAAUGGUUUGGAUUGCAAUCGAGAAUAGAAAGCUUUAUUCAAAAAUCGGAGCGAAGACUGUUUACAAUUUUCCACCGACAAGUGUUUUGCUGGAUGGACAGCUGGCACGGCCUAACCAUGGAGGAUAUCCGUGAGUUGGAAGACAAAACCAAAGAGGAGUUGGACAAGCAGCGCCAUGUCGGUGAGGUGCGCGGAAUGCGUGCCGAAACAGAUUAGACUGCGCAGCAAUUAAGCGCCGAUUAUUUGGUAUUUUGGGACAACAACACAACACACCAUCCUGACGGUUUAUUACGGCAUAUGGGAGCAUAAACGCUGGAUGAGAGGUAUAGACAUUUAUAUUAGUUGUAAAUUUACAGAGGGCAGGAUGAAAAGAAAAACAACAGUUAUUAAACACAAAAAUAAACAGGAAAACAGCUAUACAUAUUCAAAACGUAUCGCUACGAACAUUGUAAGACACACACCCAAAACUAGUGACACAGUUACACAUACAGAUACACCGAAAACACCUGUAUUAGAUACCAUGUAGUAAGUCGUCAGUAAAUUGAAGACUAAUACAAAAAGAGUUAUGUUUGAAGAGAAAUCGGUACAGUAACAGCAAAUCUAGCACGUAGCAUUUAGAAGAGGUGAAUGCAACAUGUUAGGCGUUAGUAUUCUGAAUGAUAAGUCAGUGAAACAGUAACUGCAAAUAGGAUACAACAAUCAGCUAACUACAUAUUUAUGAUGAGAGGCAGAGAACUACGUUUUAAGUUGAAUGAGUAUAAUCAUGGUCCAAGAGUCCAUGAUGGAUUUAGUCAAAUUUGUUUUUAAAUGCUAAUACUAAUUUAAUUCAAUUCGCGCCCAUGAUAAUGCCCAACGUUUUUAUUUUGAUAUUUAGUAGAUGCCUAUUAAGUCACACACACACACACUUACGCACUUAUUUGAGUUUUAUUGAGUUUUGCUAUUAUUUGUUUUAACGGCAGUGAAAUAUUUAGAAAGCCUACAAACAAUAGUCGUUUGAAAGCACAUCGUGCUCAGAAGCGUGCGCGAGAAGCAAAAAUAAGGUUAAAUCGAGUGUGUGAGCUAUUUUAGUCCAAUCGACGAUAUUCCGUCGAUUAAGAUGCGUAUGUAGACUCAGUUCUAGUAGGCAAAGUUAACUAAAGCAAAAGCAAAGCAAAUCAAUUCUUUCCAUUAAAAUUAAUGCGAUUUAGUGAAGUACAUAAAACUACAGCGACAAGCGAUCAAUGGGGAUCCCAGCUGAUCUCGGAAUGUACAAUAAAUCCCCUCUUUUCCGGUAUACUAAUAGACGAAAAACUGAAGAUAAAACAUGCUAUCCAAAAAAAAGUUGUUCCGAUAACAUUGGUAAGUGUUAUAUGAAAUUAAAAAUGGAGUUC